AUUAUCAACUAAAGUACGUCUUGCAUUAUCACCUAGUGUUGUGUCCCAGUUGUGUAGAUAUUUCAAACUAAAUUUGUGCGACGGGGUCUACAGGGGCCCAACACCAAAUGUCUACUCCUGGGGCACCUUAAAAUAUUGUCAUAUUUCAUUAUAUAACCCCAAAUACUGAGCAGAAUCUAACAACCAAACUAUAAAAAUGCAAUCAAACAUAAGUGGCAAAACAAUAAACACAGCAUAUUCUCUAUAAUACGGUGUUAUGUGUUUAGUAUAGAUAUGAAAGUUAAUUAUUUAUAUAAUUAUAUUAAGUUAUUUAAAAAACUAAAUCUGACCCUUUUAUUUUGAAGGUAAAGGAAACUCACUUCCGCACUUACCAUUUUGAUCUUUUGUGUACAUUGACGCUGUGUGAAUCGUCUGGAGAAAGAUAACGGGUCCUGCCAGCAUAGAAACGAAAAACCGCUGUUAAUUUCAUGUGCAUAUGUCGUUUAGAGUUUAUGUUUGCGAUUUUGUAACCAGCAACGUUGAUCCCAGGCCCGGCCCAAACCGCCUCUCGUCGUUAUUCGCUAAUGGAAGCUCAGUAGCUAGCUAACUUGACGAUGAUGAUGAUGCAUCAGUGGAAUUAUCCCGGUGUCUCUGACUGAGAUGGAGCCAGCGACGCUCAACUGGAGUUGCUUGCUAGCUAGCUAGCAAGCUAACGGUGCCCGCCGGGGUUCACUGUGCCCGAGCAGCCCUGGAUAACGUUAGCUAAAUGGGUGCUACUGCAGCUUAUCACACAGGGUUUGUUGUAACGUUAUCAGACAUUUCCACCCCCAGAUUUGAGAGAGACUGACCAUGUCAACUAGCAAAAGAUGCUAACUUGACCGUUUAGGUUAGCCACACGUGACACAGUUUAUCUCGCUCAAACAAUUAGCUACAUUCUCUGGCCGUCCUUGGAUGCUCCAGUGACAUUAAUUGGACGGUGUGUAUCAGGAUGGCACAGCUCUUGGACGGGGCCGGCAAGCUGGGCUGGGUUCUGCUCAAGUCUGUGAUCCGUUUUGUGUUUAUGUUUUUUAACAACUGUGUAGCCAUCCCAUCCUACUGCUUAUACCUGGUGCUUCUCCAGCCGCUGAGAAUAUGGGACAGCUCCACUUUCUGGCACAUCGAAGGAAUCAUGUUCAAAUGGUUGCUGGCCAUGGUGUCUUCAUGGGGCUGGAUCGCAGGUUAUACAGUAACGGAGUGGGGUGACGAUGUACGGCCCAUAUCUGAAGAAGAAGCCAUGGUCAUCGUCAACCACCAAUCCACAGGAGAUGUGUGUACGCUCAUGAUGUGCCUGCAAGACAAGGGCAUGGGAGGCGGAGCCAACCACCAACGUGCAAAGAUUCGAGCGGUGGCUGGCUCAAAGGAGGCAGGGAGCCAUGCCCAACGUGCAAAGAUUCAAGGCGACGGCCUUUCAUUCUUUCACACUGAUCAUUUCAACGCAGGCGAGGAGUACUGCUCGUGCCAGUUUGUGUGUGUGCAAGUGGUUGCAUCUAUCUGUUGUCCACCAUGGGGGCUUUUCAUCAGACAGGGUAAAGCUCACAGAGACAAGCAGCUGAUCUACCUGAAAGAUCACCUAGAGAAAUACUACCACAGCCGUGACAGGAAGUGGAUAGUGCUGUUCCCAGAGGGUGGCUUCCUGCGCAAGCGGCGGGAAACCAGCCAGUUGUUUGCCAAGAAGCGUUCUCUCCCCCACCUGACCCACGUCACAUUGCCUCGUAUCGGGGCCACCCACGUUAUCCUGAAAACCCUGUCAGCCCAGCAGGAGAAUGGCAGCGUGGGCAGCGAGACUGGGACUCCUAACCAGACAGGUAAUAAACGUAAAGGCCUGCAAUGGGUAAUAGAUGUGACCAUAGCUUACCCCAAAGCAAGACCCAUGGACAUCCAGACCUGGAUCUUUGGCUACAGGCCUCCUACAGUCACACAUGUCCACUACAGGAUGUACCCAAUAAAAGAGGUUCCUGUGGAGGCAGAGGCCCUGACUGACUGGCUGUAUCAGAGGUUUGUGGAGAAAGAAGAGUUGCUGACCCACUUCUACAGCACAGGAUCGUUCCCCUCUGAAGAAGGCCACAAGGAGGCAGCUUCCCGGCAGAUGAUCCUUGACCCCGUGAGGCUGUGCAUUAUCCAGUCGUUUGCUUUCGCCUCCGGCUACAUGUGGUACAGCGUCCUCUGGUACCUCUACUGCUGUUUAUUUUGAGUGCGCUGCUGAGGCGAGAGUCUUUAUCGGACCACUGGAAAAGCCUCAGGAUCAGUUGGGGUGUGGGGCCCAGCGUCAUACUAGCCCCCUUCGAUUGAUGAAUGUACAUUUACAACAGUGGAGAGACUUAAUAGGAAUCAAAAAACAUAUGAAGAACACAAACACACGGAAUACAAAUACCAAUACAAAAUGAAACUGGUCACAGGCAUAGUUAACUUGCACACAACCCUAACACCACACACUCGCUCCAACGGCCUAGCAGAAUAAUCUCUCGCACUCGUCACGACUCACAUUUUGAUGUUUACACGUCCUCAUACACGUAGACGCUCACACGUACAUAACUUUUUAUUCGAAGUGAACGAAAUGAGGCUCAGGACUCCUCCAGGGGACACUCUGGACCGAACUCUGCCCCCGGCUCCUAGGCUUUAGCCGUAGUAGUUUUACAGAGUAUAAAGUAUGUAUGGACGCGUGUGUGAGUGAACAUAUGUGACUAGAAGCAUAAUGUCUGCCCUUAUUCUUCUUCCUGGCGAGGGUCGAUGAAGCCCACUGGACCUCUCUUUCAGCCCGCCGACUAGCCGGCUGGCCACACCUUCCAGAGCGAGCGGCUGUAUGAACGUUGAGGCUGCGCAGCCCGCUGCUCCUCUGGCCUUCAUUGCACUAAGGAUCCAUACUGCCCUACCUGCUCCCUGUCCCAGGAAAUAUUCCUGUGUGGUAGCUGUCGAUGUUUUAAUUUCUUUUGUUUUCCUCCCUUAACCUGCAUAUCUCCAGAACAACGGCCAUUGUAUUUGUUGUUGAUGUCUUUUUGUUGACUUUUUUUCUUUUUCUUCCUGUUUUCACCUGUCUGUUGAGGCAGUAUUCUGAGCUCACUGAGAAAAGGGGGAUCAUGUUUACACUGGCAGCCCUGCUGAAAGCCUAAGGGAAUGGUGGCUAUGAUGCGGCGCUUGAAUUAAGGAUCGUUUUCUGUGUCAGACAUUGAAGGGAGGAA